AUGGACGUUUUGGAGUGUCCUCCGAAAGAGACGUUCUCUGAUCUCCCUGAGUGGCUGCAGCGAGAUAUCGGUAAAGGCAUUCAGCAGCUUCAGGAUGUGAUACGUUCCAGAACGAGAGAAGAAGCCGGUGUCGUCGACGCUGAUCCACAUGCACCAGUCGAGGAACAGCCCACGUUCACGGACGUUGCGAGCUUUUUCUCACAAGUUUUAGAGCGUUUCGAGACAAGCGAAACGUUUACAGGACUAGAUGAGUCACCGGCGUACGCUGAACUCUUACUUCUAUACGGAAGGGCACUGCUCGGGGCGGCCUGGAACGCGCUGGAGCAGGAGGCUGCGGCGAAGGUGCUUGGCCCACCGGUUCCACGCUAUAUCGCUACGGACGCAGGCUCAGGCGCCGAUGCGGUUACAAGCGAUGACGAGCCCGAAAGGAAUGAGGAAACGACAUUUGAUGAGGUACCUGACGGGGUUCAGGAGCAACCGGAAGACUUCACGCAAACGGGCCAGAAUAAUGCUCGAAUACGGAGCGGAACCGAGCCCGCAAACCACAAGGCUGCUGCUGCGGAACCAGAAGUUUGCGCUGCAGUUGCACACGAGGCAGGCGAGUCAACCGGCGCAAUGCCGCUAUCGUCCGCACAGACUGGCAAGGACAAGUUGGACGAGUUUGCCACGGACACCCGAGAGGGACACGGGUUGCUUGGGACGCCUGAACAUAGCCGCUCGCCCUGCGAACGCACCGUCUCGAAAAGUCUCGAAAAGGAAUCACUCGGGAGAAACGGUAACGGUGCUGCAGAAAUUCUUUCCAAGCAGGAUGCCGAUGCGGCAAAUUCCGAUCAUCCAGAUUCAAGUGACGUGAGCGACGGCGACGACGAGAUUGAAGAAGGCCAAGUCGAUGACAACAACGAAGAUGACGAGGACGACGCACAACGAGCCUGGGAGGUUCUCGAAUGCUCCCGUAUGAUAUUCCUCAAGGCUGGCGAGCGUUAUCUGCCACGCGUCUCUCUUUGCUAUGAAUUGCUCGGUGAUUUUUCUCUGUAUGUGAACGACGCUUUCGAGCAAGCGGCCGAGGAUUACGCGCAAGCCAUUGCCACAGCAGAACGCGCUGGUGAUGCCCGCAGCAGACGGGUUGCGUCGCUGGCCCACCGGAAGUAUGUUGCUUUGCGAAGCGCCGGCCGCUGGACGGAUGCGCUCGACGCCUUGCUCGUCGCGAAAGCAAUUCUCACUGACCAGUUCGAGCAAGUGCCGCAGGAGGAACGCGAGGAUGUAGCUGCGCUCGUGCAAGAGUUGGAAUCAGAAUGCCGGAUGAUACGUGAUGCUGUGCGCGGACUCGCAAAACAGGAAGAAUCCGCUCGUGAGCAUUACCCGGCCUCUUCUGACAAUCGAAACCGGCAGUGCCUAUCGGCGAAGACGGAGAACAUUACUGGGCCACCACCGGCCGAUGCUGUGCCGGUUAUGCCACGACGCGGUGUGAAACGUGUCGCCGCGGACCUGAAAGCCGACCCUGGGCAUCACGACGAGAAAACCGGUCCAAGUUCAGCAAAACUGGCAACAGGGAGCGCUUCCACAGAUCCGACGUCUCCGCAGUGA